AUGGUUUCGAAGGCGCAGACCCGAUCCGAGGAGGCACCACACCGACUGCACCACUAUUGCAGCCACAGCCAUAUGCGCGAUCGGCUGAAAUCGUCCGGCUCGCGCAGUACCGACAUGUGCCUGCCGUGCAAACGCCAGCAUGUAAUCGGAGCAUUUUCACGGGUGCGGCGGGUGCCUACACGGCUGCUAUCGACGCUAUCGCUGAGCAGCCACCAUCAUGGUCCGAGCGGGUGCACAGCCGGGGCCAACGCAGGUGUGGCAAGUGACGGCGAUCUGCAUACAGAUUCGCUUGAAUCCAAGGUGUAUCCCGUGUACUCUGCGCGCCCAGCCGUGUGUCUCUCGUCGCAUGCGGAUGCGCUGGCUGAUCCGGGCUAUGUGCCUCUGCCGCAUGUGCCACCUGCACUGGCUGCUGGUUGUUCGCUGAUGAAGACCACAUCGCGAGGCAUUCAUGCACGCAAUUUUCGCCUGGACAUCGCCCAGCAGCGGCUGACAUGGGAUUCGCGCAAGAAGAAAAAGCUCGCUCAUGUCGAUCUCGAGCGCAUCAUUGAGGUCCGUGUCGGCGAGGAAGCGCUGUGGUCAGUAGGCGACCCCGCCUGUCUGCCCAACCGCACCAAAAAUCUGUUUACCAUCGUAUACUACCAGCAGAUGGCCAUCAGGUCCCUGUGUCUGUGCGCAAGCACCGAGUCUCUGUUCCGCGACUGGGUCGUAACACUGAACGCGCUGGUGGCGAAUCGCCAGCCGGUGUCGACGCUGCCGCUGUUUGAGCGGUGGCGGAUGAUCACCAUCAACCGCCAGUGGUGGGAAUCAGACACAUCGGGGGACGCAGCCACCGACGCGCUGACAUUUGUUGAGAAUGCAUUCAUCGCGUCACGCACCAGCCCGCUGACCACCGCCCCGUCAUCUAAUGCAUCUUCUAUGCUGGCCCUGUCCGCCGUUUCCCACGAUGUCCCUCCACCCAUAGCCCGAGCCAUGUCCCGGCCAGCCUCUCCGGUUAAGCAGCUGCCACACAGGCUCGGCAGUAUGGUGGGGCUACGUGCCUUGCAGCUGCAUCCGUCGCUGCCGCCACCGCCACCGCCGCUGCUGACGCGCGCGCUUGAAAUGGUUCCGCAGCGCGUGGGGUGUUGCGACGAAGUGGUCAACGACCUGGUCGAGGCGGCGAUUAUGUGCCAAGCACGACCCGACGUGGCUGCCAUUUAUAGCAACCUGGUCACAUCGGCAUUGAUGCAGGAGGCGGCCAAGAACUCGCUCAAGCAGCGUCAGCGUCGCGUGGCAGUUGUACCCAGCACCGGCUUUGGGGACAAGCAGUUCCGGAUUGGCGAUGACGAUGACGAUGACAAUGACGAGGAUGAUGGCGAGGACGAGUUUGGGGAUUUUGAGCCGUCGAUUUACACAGAUUCUGCCGAGUCAUCAGUGCACCGCCCCUCGGAGCUAACGCUGCCGAUGUUUGCGCACUUUGUGCGUGAGGAGCAGGACGAGCAGGUGUCGGAUGCCGAGGUUGAGCGGCGAUUUGAUGCGUUCACGCGCACCGAGGGUCAGGAGACUAUGACGCCAUUCGAGUUUGAGGCAUAUCUGCUGUCGCUUUACAACUCGAUGGACUAUGUCGAGGGGGACUAUGCGAACAGCUCGGACAGCAGCGACGGCCGCAGCACACUGUCUGAGCACGCCGAGCUGGCCAACAUGGACGAGCCGCUCAACCACUACUACAUUGCGUCAUCGCAUAACACGUAUCUUUUGGGGAUCAGCUGCACAACCCGGAUCUUGUUUGAGGAUGCCAUCAUUGCUAUUGCAAAGUAUGCGUUUGCAGUGUCGCCGUACCCGGUGAUUCUGUCGCUGGAGACACACUGUACAGUGGAGCUGCAGGUAAAAAUGGCAGAGCUCAUGGUCGAGCAUCUGGGCGACUAUCUGCUCACCGAGCCCCUCAAUGAGGACGAGACAGAGCUGCCGACGCUGGAGCAGCUAAAGUACCGGAUUAUUAUCAAAAACAAGGUGCUGGAGGAGCACGCAAGCCGCAGCAACAGCCGGCGGUCGUCGAUCAUCGGGAUCCAGCCCAGCACCUUGCUGGCGGAGGGGCCUGUGAAAGCAAAGGGUGGCAAAAUUGCGCCGGAGCUGUCGCAGCUGAUCACGUACUGCAAGGCGCAGCACUUUGAGAGCCUGGAGGAGAAUCUGGCAGCAUAUGACCAGGUGUCGUCGAUUGAUGAGAAGACGUCCGGCAGUCUGAUCCGGAACCAGCGGGCCAAGUUCGUAGAGUUCAACUCGGUUCAGAUGACGCGGGUGUACCCGCACUACAGGCGCAUUGGGUCAUCGAACUUUAACCCGAUCAGCCACUGGAAUACGCACGACCGCGCAAUGGAGAUAUACGAGGCGAUGUUCCGGCGCACGCACAAUGCCGGAUAUGUGUUGAAGCCGCAGCACUUGGUUGCUCCGUCGCCGGCGGUGUCGUCGUCCUCGUCGACAUACUCAAGGUCGUCGUCGGAUAGCAGCAGCGACAUGAGUCAUCCGCGGCCGCUGGCGAGUAAUCCGGCAGCACACCCGCGGCGUGCGACGGUUCACCUGACGCUGUUUGCGGCAUACAAUGCGGCUCGCAGCACCGGGCAUGUGGGCAAUGCCGGCGCAGCGACGGACUCGGGGUUCCGGCACAGCGGCGGGACAUACUUUGACAUGCCGUCGACGCCGCGAGCGCUGUCGCGGCCGCCCUCGACAAUCGCCAUGUUCCGUGCAGAGCCGAACCAGCUGGCGCUGGACUCGUUUGCAUUCGGCAGCCCGUCGCUAGCGGCAGCGCAGGCGCCCGGCGGCAGUGGGUUCCUGACAAGCAGCACAAUGACGCCGUCACGGCCGGGACACCAUAUGCCGCGGUUCCGAGUGGAGAUCGAGCUGAUCACCGAUGGCGGAGUGGGGAAGGGCGGGGGUCUGACGGCGACGCACAGCUCGGUGGAGGACCUGACGGCGCUGGCAUCGGCGCUGAACUCGGCGCCGGGCUCGCCGACGCUGAACGCACAGCACCUGACGUCGUUUCCGUUUGGGUCGGCGGCAGGCACGGGCGGGGCGUCGGCCGUGGUGCCGCAGCCAGCACUGCAUAGUCUGGUGUUGGGACGCAGCCGGUACUGCACACGCAACGGCACAGUUAGCUGCGGGGUGGUGCGGUGGCGGGACGAGCACGUGAUGCAUAUGGUGAGAGAUCCAGAUAUGGCGUUUGUCCGGUUUGCAGCGUUCGAGGACGACCAGGAGGUGGCAUCGGCGUGCAUUCUGGUGGCAGCGCUCAAAAAUGGACACCGGUUUAUUGAGCUCGGGGAGAGCGACAAGCACCGGCUGUCGCGGCCGAUCUGCCUGCUUGUGCAUGUGCAGGGGCCAGCGCACUCGCGUGGAGCAAGAACACCGUGA